GGGAUUGCACACAAUCCCAUAUAUAUAAACAUUCUUGUUGGCACUUUUUAGUUGCAGAGAGGCGGCAAACCUAAUACCCAACAAGCAUUACGCAUAGACUCUCUCUUCUCCCCACAGCAUCAAUGGCUGGCCAACAGUACGAUGACAGUGCCAACCUUAAUAUUCCGCUAAUUGAAGACCAAACUCAACACUGGCGUGAAAGAUCCCAAACUUCUGAUAAUGGUUCCAGCAAUCUCAAUACUUGCUUCAACGGCCUCAAUGCUUUGUCAGGUGUCGGCAUACUCUCAGUUCCAUAUGCUCUUGCUUCUGGAGGAUGGAUAAGCUUGGCUUUUCUGUUGGCUUUUGCUUCUACAGCUUAUUACACAGCCCUUUUGAUGGGAAGAUGUAUGGAUAAGGAUUCAAAUAUUAGAACCUAUCCUGACAUUGGGGAGCUUGCAUUUGGAAAGACAGGAAGAUUAAUAGUAUCACUGUUGAUGUACACAGAACUGUACUUAGUUUCAACAGGGUUCUUGAUUCUAGAAGGGGAUAACUUGAAUAACUUAUUUCCCAUUGGGGAGAUUCAGAUGGGUGGUUCAACAAUUGGUGGAAAGCAAUUCUUUGUGAUAUUGGUUGCUCUGAUUAUUUUGCCCACAGUGUGGUUGGACAACUUGAGUUUACUUUCUUAUGUGUCUGCAAGUGGAGUGUUUGCUAGUGCUAUCAUCAUCUUGUCGAUAACAUGGACUGGAGCGUUUGAUGGAGUUGGUUUUCAUCAAAAGGGAACUCUUGUUCACUGGGGUGGAAUCCCUACAGCUGUUAGCUUGUACGCCUUUUGUUAUUGUGCACACCCGGUGUUUCCCACCUUGUACAGUUCCAUGAGGAAAAAACAUCAAUUCUCCAAUGUCCUGCUAGUGUGCUUUCUGUUAACCACUGCCGGAUAUGCAUCCAUGGCUAUAAUUGGUUACCUAAUGUUUGGUCCAGAUGUUGAAUCACAGGUAACAUUAAACCUGCCACUAGAUAAAGUAAGCUCCAAAAUAGCAAUAUAUACAACUUUGGUCAAUCCCAUAUGCAAGUUUGCUUUGAUGGCAACACCUAUUACCAAUGCUUUGAAAGAUUUGCUUCCAAGGACGUACAAGAAUAGGGUCACCAGCAUCUUAGUCAGCACUGUCUUGGUAAUCAGCACAACCAUUGUUGCACUCGCUGUUCCUUUCUUUGGAGAUCUCAUGUCCCUUGUUGGAGCAUUUCUAAGUGUCACUGCUUCUAUUAUGCUUCCAUGCUUGUGCUACUUAAAGAUUUCAGGCACUUACAGGAAAUUUGGGUUUGAGACUGUAGUCAUAGGGGCAAUAGUAGUAGCAGCUGUAGCAAUGGGUGUAUCUGGUACAUACACUUCAGUCUAUGAAAUUGUUCACCAUUUGUAAUCGGCAAUGCAAUGGUCCAUUCUAUUGUCAAUAAUUUCAAAAGAAAUUUUUUCUUUCACUCUCCAAGGUGUAUUUUAAGAGAAUAGAGAGAUAAGAAAAAAAAUGAUAAAUAUGAUUCAUUAUACAAAGAAAAAGGAGGAGAUUGAUAUAAC